AUGGCUCCGAAGCAACCCUGCGCAAAGUACCAAUACGUCGUCACCCCCGCCGGCCCAAAGAUCGUGCCAGUCCCAGAUGUAUAUUCCAAGGACGAGGAGUCGCCUGCAGACUACAACUCCGGUGGUUAUCUCCAGGUCAAGAUAAACGAUUCCUUCAAGGAUGGGAGAUACCUCGUCACCAGGAAGCUCGGAUGGGGCCAUUUUUCGACCGUAUGGCUCGUCAAGGACAACCACACUAGCCGCCAUUCUGCGCUCAAAGUCGUCAAAUCUGCUGGACGAUAUGCUGAGACCGCGCGCGACGAGAUCAAGCUCUUGCGUCAAGUUAUGGACGUGAACCCUCUUCACCCUGGCCGGAACCACAUCGUGUCGUUCCUCGACAACUUCGACCACAAAGGCCCCGACGAUAGUCACAUAUGCCUUGUGUUCGAGCCAUUAGGCGAGAACCUGCUCGCCCUUAUCGAGCGCCACAAGAAGACGGGCGUAGCCGUCGACCUUGUACGCGUCAUUGCGAAGCAGAUGCUCCUCGGGCUGCAGUAUCUGCAUGAUGAGUGUGAUCUUGUUCACACGGACAUCAAACCGGAGAAUAUAUUGAUAUCGAUACCCGAUGUCGAGGCACAUAUUCAGGCUGAGCUUUCGCGCUCGCCAUCUCCCACAUGCAGGAAGGUCGCUGUGCCUCCAAAGGCACUCACGCGAGUUUCCGUCAGCAUCCCCCAGCGCAAGACUGGCCGCGAGCGACAGGUGCAGAUCUUCGAUUCGCAACCGCUCCCCAGUCCUUCAUCCGUUAGCUGCCCCAACUCUCCUGCCCGCCUCAGCUACAUCUCUCGCGUCGCCUCUGCUCAAAGCGCGAAUGCGGCGCUUCCCUCUGCUUCCCUCUCAAGCAUGAACGUGAUACGGAGGAAGAGCACUAGCAAGCUCGCGCUGUCGAGCGGUCAUUUCCACUCUGGCGCAUCGACCCCGGACACGUCGGAGUCCAGUGGGAGUGGCAGCUCCGGCUCGGCCUCCCGUUAUGACUCGGUGCUGGUGUCUUCUAGCUUGGCGAGGUCGCUGAGCAACGAUACCCCCUCUACCUCUAUCAACAGCUUGACGAGCGGCAUGGGCAAACUCGCACUCGCCCAAUCUGUUAAGGGGAAGGAGAAGGCCCUGGCGCCAUGUACUUGCACCUGCGGCGACCAAACCUUCACUGAAGCAGGUGACGAGCCUGACUUCAAGCCCAUGCCUGCCCAAGCACGCCCCGCCCCUGGACCCUCCCUACUCUCGCAGACCGCUCCCCAGAAUCUUACACCACAACGCUCCGCGUCCACCUGCUCACAACAUCCACACUCACCCGACACAUUGCCCGCACCACUACUGGACGCCGUCUUUGAGGCGCCUGCUCCCCUUCCCCCGCCAUUACCCAUCAACAUCAAGAUCGCUGACCUCGGAAAUGCGACGCCGACAACAAAGCAUUACACCGAAGACAUACAGACGCGGCAGUACCGCGCGCCCGAGGCGAUCAUUGGGCGCACGGACUGGGGCGCAACGGCGGACAUCUGGUCCGUCGCGUGCGUCGUGUUCGAGCUGCUCACUGCGGAGUAUCUCUUCGACCCCCAAGGCCAGGGCGACCUGUUCGGGAAGGACGACGACCACAUCGCACAGAUCAUCGAGCUUCUCGGCGACUUCGGCGAGACGAAAGUGGGAGGCAGGUUCAGCAGGGAGCUAUUUGACAGCACAGGCGCGCUGCGAUACAUCCGGAACUUGAAGCCAUGGCCGCUGCGGCGUGUGAUGGUGGAGAAGUAUCUUUGGUCGGAAAGCGACGCGGAGGCAGUCUGCGCAUUCCUCGAGCCGAUGCUCGUGGUCGACCAUAGGAAGCGGGCGAACGCACGCGACAUGGUCGACCACCCGUGGCUCCAGGUCGACCCGCUCAGCGAGGAGCUGUGGGGGUGGUAAACGCCCCCUUCGCAUUCGCCACGCUCCGGUACUUAUGCGUCGACGCACGGGCGCCCAGUUGGUUGGGCGGCUGAAGUGACCGAUUGCGUGGAUGUCGGGAUAUGGCGUGACGCGUGUCGUCGAGCUCUCCCCUCCCCAUCCUCUCAUCCUCUUUUCUAUUUGCAUCAUUAUUCUCGAGUGUGCCGGUUUUUCUUCGCGUCUUCCGUUUCUCUUUGGCUUACAUCCCGGGUCCGCUGUUGUUCCUCAUCUCCCCAUUUCGCCUUGGCCCGUCUCGGGCGUUUCUCCCUCAUGUUGUUGUGCAAUCAUGCGUGCUCCCACUUCACCCCUCAUCUUGUCUCCCGCUCCCCUUUCCAUGUUGUAUCAUUCACUCCCC